UUCCUCGUACACGGAAAACCUGUUUUACUUGAACCAUAAAUCGCUGAGCUUUUAGCGUUUGGCGGUCGCUGGUACAGCGUCUCCAUCCUGUUUAAUUCUAUCGUGUUUGUUUUUUUAACAAAUUUCUUUUAAAAGUGCGGAGGAACAUCGGGCCGCUGACAGGUGUAGCAUACAGCUACACAUGGAGGAGCAGAGAAGCUGCCGGGGAUUGAAGAUGUUGGUGUUUCUUGUGAAAACAUGACCCCAUCAUACAGAGAUGUGGACAGUGUCAAUUGUUCUGUACCUGGGGGGUCUGCACUGCGCAGUCUCCUCCUCUCCCUCCAGCCCUAUCAAUGUCAUCUUCUCCUCAGUGAAUCUGAGAAAUAUACUGCAGUGGUCACCAGGAAAUGGCACACCGGAUUACACACACUUUACUGUGCAGUAUACCAUCUAUGGAGACAGUGUUGAGGGCAGCAAAGGAAAGGUGAACUGGAGGGAGGUGCGGCAGUGUACAAGAAUAGCGCGGAGCUGGUGUGAUCUGAGCAAUGAGACGAUGGAUCUGGAGCAGGGAUACUACGCCAGGGUUCGUGCUGUGAGCAGGAAAGCAUCCUCCAAAUGGACCGUGACGCCGAGGCGAUUCGAUCCAAAGACGGACACUAGUUUUGGCCCUCCAGUGGUUUCUGUGGAAACAGAGGACAACAGCGCCAUCAUCACUCUGAAGGGACCAAUGAGGUAUCAGCCUGACAACCACACCCCAGGGGUUUCCAUGUCAACACUCUACCCCACGAUGACUUACAACCUGUCCAUCCACAAUACCCGUCGCAACCAGACAAGCCAUUUCCAAGUGGUCUCCGGUCCAUACAAAUAUCGCCUGAUGGAGUACGAUACAGACUACUGCUUCUCUGCCAAGGCAAGAUUCCUCUCCAUGCCCGUCCACUGCCUGUCCUCAGUAUGGCAAUGCAUAACCACGCCUUCAGACCCUGUGACUGGCCAGCUGAAGAGUGUGGUUGUGAGUAUUGUUGUGCCAACUGUGUGCAUGUGUAUGCUGGUGGUUGUUGGCUACCUUCUCUAUCAGUACCUGACGGGGAAAGGACAGAAGAGCCCAUAUAUACUGAACCCGCCUUCUUUUCAUCCGCCCCCUCUGAUCAUCCCCCCUGAGAAUUGUAAAUUCAUCUUCACCAUUGUCAAGCCAUCAGACAUCGACAUAUCAGACCCUGCAUGCCCCAUCCAGUGGCCACACAACGCAGAUCCCCCAAGAAGUUAUGUCCCCCAGAGGCCCGAAACACCCGAGCCCGAGGAAUCCCAGGAUGAUUUGUCCAUUGACUAUGGGUUUAUUGGCACAGCACCUAAAAUCAGUGUCAGAAGAGAAGAAGAAAGAGAGAGGAGGCAUAACGGAGGAGAAGAUGGGAGUACUCUGAAACUCGAGGAAUGUCACUGCGCUGGAGUUUACGCUUCUCACCAGUCCAACGUCUGGCAGAAGUCAACCCACACAUACUCACAAACACACAUGCCGAUGCACACAGAGACACGUGCACAGACAGAGAUGAGCACGUUUGUGCAGGCGCACGCAUUUUCAGAGGUAAAUUUAGUUCCACUAACCCAAACUCAGGCACCUUUACUGGCAACCAAAGGAGAGGUGGAUAGAAAAAGGGAGGGUACCGAGAGUGAGGAAGUACCUCUUCUUUCUGCUUAUGCCUCUCAGAACAUCAGAGACAUGUAUACGUUCGAUACUGACCAAUCAAAUUCCUUACCAGAUGACUAUGGUCUCCUGAGACUGGCAGAGCAAGAGGAGGGACCUAGUUGUAUUAAGUGGGAUCCCAAUACCGGGAAACUAGUGUUGCCAGAGAUGUCAAUGGAGUUCAACAGGGAGGGAGGGUUGGAUGGGUUGAUGCAGGGAGAGAAAGGGAGAGAGAACAGGGUGGGAGGAGAGGAGGAGUAUGCGAUGAGGGGCAAGUUGAGGUUGGAAAAUGUGAUUGUCAGACAAACGUCCGAGGAAGCGUCAGAGGCACAGACAGAGAUGACGAGAGCUGUAGAAACAGGGUGGGAGGCGGAUGAUGUUAUGACCAAAUGGAACUUGGUAAUCUCGAUGGGCCAGUAGAUAAUAUUCAUCAAUAUAUUUACCCCGUUAUUACAAAGAAAAUGCUCUUCUUCUGCACUUAUACUGUAUACUCAAAUUUAGCACCAUGAUGGAAAUCAUAAAAAUGUCUACACAAAAUAAUUUUUUUAAAUACACAAGAUAAUAUCACAUUCUUAGGAGCACUUUGUACUGUAGUAGGUUUACUGUUAAACCUGGGAAUGUUGCUGCUUUAUUAUCAUUGUCAUGAUUUAUAGAUUAUCUGAUUAACAAAUCAGGCGAAUCAACACGAACACUUACAAAGUGGUAUAAUAAACUGUGAUUAACUCUAAAUUAUCUUGCCAAGGGAGAUGUGCACCUUAAUUUUGAGCACAAUGUCUUUUCAGAUGUAGUUUACUAGUUAUUUUUUUCGUGCUUGAUAUGAAGUAAAAGUUCUUCUUAGAGAUGACCUGCAGCACUGUGUUUCUUCCUGAUUAAACGCUGCGUGUGUAAUCGAUUGUACGUACACCAUCGUCACCACCGUAUCAGAUCUCAGCCUAACAAAGCACUAACGGACUGUUCUGCACUGGUGAUCAUCAGAAUAGAAUAAUCAUAAUUAUAGAAUAAUAAUAAGAAUAUCAGUUACAGAUUUUUUGGGGGGACAGAUUGCAAAAGUGUUGUGAUUUUUUUUGUAAGUUCUGGCAGUUUAGUGGUAGUACAAAAGCCAUAUUAAGAAAUUUACUUUGGCGUUUUACUUUUUUAUUUCGAUAUGGGCUAUACGAUACCUCAGUUUACUGUAGCUAUUCUGUGACCAUACACAUCCGUGUUUACUAGACAAUGCUGUCAAACUAGUUUUGGAAGUUUUAAACUGCGCUGCUUGUGAUGUCUUAGGACAGUAUUUGUAUUGUAUGUUGGCAAACUGGGAUGAAUCAUAAUGUAAUUACAAUAAUUGUUCAUUUUCUCAGUCAGUAAUUGAUCUUUAAUACUAAUCCACCAUUGCUGCGCAUAUUAUAUGAAGGAAAUACUAAUAUUCAGAGAAGGAUAUGUAUCUUUGUGGAUGAUGUCUUCAUACAAAAUGAAGUCAAAGCUAUAGCAAUCAUCUGUGAGCAAAAUACUGUCUGCAGUACAAUAUUAACGGCAUUAUCACUUUUUGUUUGGUGCUGAGAUAUUCAGAAGCUUGUCAGGAUAUUUUAUUCUGUCUCAUCUACAACUUAUCAGACUUCAUUAUUUGCUACUGUCAGUUCAAAAUAAGCUAGAAAUAAUAACUACAGUUUUGUAAUGAUUAAAGCACAGUAAGUACUCGCACUUGUUCGUCAUUCAGCCAAGUGCUACUUGAAUAUUUUACAUUACCAUUACAUGAUAACUGAGGAAAUCAUUACGCUCUUUUGCUGAAGUUGUUCCUCUUUCUCUUUCUUUGUUGUUCUGCUCCCAUGAAGUCAUAGCUACUCAAAAGGUUUUGUAAUGGACUACAUUUACUGGCAUUGUGCCAUCUCAUGGUCUCAUUGUGGGAAUUUCUGGAAUUACUGUAAUUUCCUGGACACCACAGUCAAACCACAGUAAAGGCUUCAGAUUCAUGUAGCUAUUUAGUCUUAUUUGGUCAGGUUAUCUGCAGUGUGAUGGUAACCUUGAUGCUGUGCAUGAAGUUGCUCUGGGAAGGAAGUCAGUCAUAUGUUUGUCAUAGUUUUGUAUGUUGCAAGUCAAAAGUAUUGUAUAUUCAAAAUAAAUAAUAAUAAAGGGAACUUGUUAACUAUU